GCUCCUCCUAUAUCUGUCACUAGUUCAGUAUCUAAUUGUGUGUCUUUAGUUACUGACUUUAUAUACCUUCCCCACCUGGAUGAAUACAAGCCACUGAUGGUUAGCCUGGAGUAAAUCUAUCAGCAUUUACACAUCGAUCUCCCAACAAAGAGCACAUCAUCAUGGCUGCCUUGAAGCUAAAGAACUUUAGCAUGGAGAAGAUGUCAAACAUGCAUGAACACCAGACUGACUACUACAACACCGACAAGAUGGUGCUGAGGAGAGGGCAGGAAUUCAAGAUAAUACUUCACUUUAACAGACCCAUCCAAAAACAAGAACAAGUGGAAUUCUAUGUUGCUACAGGCCCAAACCCUCAGGAGGCCGAUUAUACUCUAACUGUAUUUGAGCUCUCCAACUCAGGAGGGGACACUUACUGGACAGCUACCACAGACUCACGCUCCUCCUCCGAUGUGAAUGUCAUAAUUACUAGUCCAGCAGAUGCAUCGAUUGGUCUUUACAAAACAAACAUCAUCAUCUACUCCAAAAAUAAGAAGAGCCGUGUCAAACUGCAUGAUUUCAUAUUAUUAUUUAACCCAUGGGCUACAGAUGACGCUGUCUUUUUGGAAGAUGAAAAUGAAAGACUUGAGUAUGUUUUGAAUGACAGCGGGAUCAUUUAUUAUGGCCAAAAAGAUUCCAUUAAGGAAAUGGGAUGGAACUUUGGGCAAUUUCAAGAAGGGAUUUUGGAGACAUGUCUACAGAUGUUAGACAGAAGUUUGAACUAUAAGGAAGAUGAGGCCCUGGACACCUCAAGGAGAUAUGAUCCUGCUUAUGUGGGCAGAGUACUCAGUGCAAUGAUAAACAACUUUGAUGAUGAAGGUGUGCUGGAAGGAAAUUGGGGUACCCGAUACACAGGUGGUAUUGAUCCUAUAGACUGGAGUGGGAGUGUUGCGAUCCUCACCCUGUGGCGUAGAGGAGGAUACAAGCCUGUCAGAUAUGGGCAAUGCUGGGUAUUUGCUGGAGUCUUGUGUACAGUACUUCGAUGUUUGGGACUUCCAACCAGAGUGAUUACAAACUUUGAUUCAGCUCAUGACAAGGAUUCAAAUUUGAGUAUUGACUCCAUAUACAGCAGUACGGGCCGAUCGAUGAGUAAAGACUCCAUGUGGAACUAUCAUGCUUGGAAUGAGAGCUGGUUCACAAGAAGUGAGUUAGGUGAAAGCUAUGGAGGAUGGCAGGUGCUGGAUGCAACGCCACAAGAAUUAAGUGGAGGCAUUCACUGCUGUGGGCCAGCCUCGGUACAUGCCAUUAAAGAAGGAGAUGUUGACCUGGACUAUGAUGGCCCUUUUAUCUUCUCAGAAGUAAAUGCUGACCGUAACACUUGGAUCUACUAUGACAAGGAUGUGAAGGAGAAAGUGUAUACCAACACUGAACACGUGGGGAAAAACAUCAGCACAAAAGCUGUAGGAAGCAAUGAAAGAAUAGACAUAACAGAAAACUAUAAGUACCCAGAAGGUUCUGAAGAGGAAAGGGCCAUUUACAUAAAAGCGCGUGAAAAGCUGGUGAAAAUGGGAAUCAUUAAUAAGGACGGACUUAACAAAAGAGGCAUUGGGAAGAAACGCCGCAAGAAGAGAAACAGUGAACAUAACUUUGAGGAUGAUGAUGAUAAUGAAAGCGCAAAAGAAAAAUUAGCCGUUGAAGGGAAAUUCGAGCUGACGUCAUCCACAGCAUUUGGGGACGACAUAAGCCUAACCCUAACCCUGAAAAACACUGGCAAAAAUACUGAGAAUGUGAAGAUAAAACUGAGCUUAUCUUCUAUCGAGUACACUGGCAGACCGUUGGUCGAAAUAUUUUCAGAUCAGACAUCUCUUACACUGCCCCCCAAGAAAGAAAAACAAAUCCCAGUGAACCUACACGCCUCACAAUAUGAAGAGAAAGUCAUAAGCCACAAUCUCAUUGAAGUUGUUGCUUUGUGCAUAUUGAAAGGCGGAAAGAAAAUGCUUGUUCGUAAAGUACUGUUUAUUGAAAGACCUCCCCUGGAAAUUCGGAUCCACACCACUGCAUUAGUGAAUAACCCUUUGGAAGUGGAGGUUUUUUAUACAAAUCCUUUAUCUACAAAACUAACUGAUGGAGUUUUGUCUUUUGGGGGCAGUGGCUUAGUCAAUAAAAAAUUCAAGAAAAAAGUUCCAAUGAUGGAGCCCAGGCGGACACAACAUAUGUUUGUGGAAAUUACUCCUUCUAGACUUGGCACAAAACAGCUGGUGGUGGAUUUUACUUCCAAACACUUUUCAGCUAUAAAGGGUUUCCAUACCAUAGAUGUAACAGACGUGGAUGAGGUCUAUGACGAAUCAUUAGAAUGAAAUAAUAACAGGCACUAUGAUGU